AUGUACCACCUCUUCAAAUCAAUCUACCUGCACGCAACCAAGUAUUCUGUCCUCGUCCUCGGCCUCGACAACGCCGGCAAAACCACGCUCCUCGAGCAAAUAAAAGCGUCUUACACGCCUUCACACCCAAACCUCAAAACCGUCCCGACAGUCGGCCAGAACACCGUUACACUCGCCCUCCCGCCCCCGAACCCGCCGAUCUACCUCAAGCUGUGGGAUGUGGGAGGGCAGCAUAGCUUGAGAGGGCUGUGGCAGAGUUACUACAGCUCUGCGCACGCGAUUGUGUUUGUCAUCGACUCGAGCGAUGUGGGGAAUGCGACGUUGGCAGAGAUCGGGGAAGGCGGCGGGGUAAACGAGGGCGAGGUGGGCCGUCUCGACGAAUGCAGGCUCGUGCUGGAGAGUAUAUUAGGCAACAAGGAGACGAGCGGGGUUCCUAUUCUAGUGUUGGCGAAUAAGCAGGACCGGGAAGACUGCGUCGAGGUUGUGAGGAUUAAGGAGGGGUUUGUGAGGAGGGUGUUUGAGGGCGAGAAGGGCGGGAAUGUGAGGGAUAGUAGGGUGUUGCCGUGUAGCGCGUUGACAGGGACGGGCGUGCAGGAGGCAGUCGAGUGGCUGGUGACGAGAAUGAUGGGAAACAAGGAGAGUCGGCCGCCAGUCAUGCGGUAGGGUGGUGAAGGGAGGGAGGAAUGAAGAUGAUAUACCCAUAUGUUGUGAUGAGAUGAGCAUCACUGAGAGAAAGAGACUUGUAUUGUUCAUGGCUCCUUGAAGGCAUGACGUUCUAUGCAGAAUAUUGUGCUCAAUUCAAAUUUGAUAUCUCAGAUUGAAAGGG